CUUUUCGCUCGGUUAGAGCUUCAUAAAUGCUGCUCCCAAGUCCGCUCCACUCCAGAAAAUGGUCGUGUAAACAGAUGAUCGGCAAGACAGGUUAGACGCAUUUCUCGGGAAAUAAUCCAGUCCUGAAAGCAUUAUUUAAUCGACGAGUGUCUGUGAUAUUGGAGUUAUUGUUUGUGUUUAUCGAGAAGUAAACGAAACAUACGGGUCCCUCAGAGGAAGCUCAGCUAACCUGUUAGCAUACCACUGUUAGCAGCAAAAGUAGACGUGCUGUUCCAAUUUCAACAUCCAGCUACUCUAACGUUAUCUGACCCAGCUUUCAUUUCCAAACCUCGGUGACUGUUAUGAAACUGAGAAAUCAGCUGGUCUAUAAUGUUAGACUUGUGCGUUAAUAAGUUUGCGCAUUUGGUCGAGUUUCCAGUGGAGUUGCAGGAGGCCUGAGUCACAUCUGGAGGACAAACAGAAUCUUAAACGCACUUUAUCAGCCUGACAUGCGUAUCUAAUCUCUCAGUAUAUGCUUUAGAUGACAACCAGAUGUGUCAAAUGCUUGAAAAAUCUGUUUGUUUGUAAAGUCAGUCAUGACAUGGUAGAUGCAAAGGCUACGUUGUCUUCCAACAUCCUUUCAAAAUACAGCAAAGUUUUACCGGAUAUCUAAACAUCAGUCCGGUUCUGGAGACGUGAGACUAUCAACGGUAUGUGCUAAUGUUGUGUGACCGGCCUGCAUAUCUGGAUUUGCAUAAAUUGACAUUCCCCUUAUAAAGUUACUGUACUGCGACCACCAUGUCCGACAACCAGGGCAAUCUAAACAACAACGUCCCGCUAAACAACAAUAAUGGAGGACCGAACCGGAUCAGAAACCCACCAAUGAACCAAAACCCCCUGAUCAAUGUGAGGGACAGACUGUUUCAUGCCUUGUUUUUUAAGAUGGCAGUUACAUAUGCCAGGCUGUUCCCACCAUCCUUCAGACGAAUAUUUGAGUUCCUGGUCUUAUUAAAGGCGUUGUUCAUGCUUUUCAUCCUGGCCUACAUCCACAUUGCAUUCUCACGCUCGCCAAUCAACUGUCUGGAGCACGUGCGAGAGAAAUGGCCCCGUGACGGCAUCCUGCGUGUGGAGAUCCAGCGUAACUCCAGCCGUGCGCCAAUUUUCCUGCAAUUCUAUGAGACCGAUGGAAUCCAGGGAUUGGUGAAGGAAUCGGAGGAGGAUGGAGCUGAAUCGGGAGAGUUUGUGCUUCAGACAGAUGCGGAAGAGGAGGAGAUGACCGUGGAGAUGUUUGACAACAGCACAGUACGGUUUGAGCUGGACAUCGAGCCGCGUCUGAAUCCGUCGGUGAGCGGCGGGGUUCCAGGCUCCAGCUUGAAUGAAUCGCAGGAUCUGUCCUUCAGCCAGGCCUCUUCUAAAGGUAUGCAGCCGCUGAGGGAGUCUGUCUCCGAGAUUGAGAUGCUAACUCGAGCAGUGUGGCCGCAGGAGGAGUAUAUCGUGGAAUAUUCUCUGGAAUAUGGCUUCCUCCGGCUGUCUCAGGCCACACGUCAGCGUCUUAACAUCCCGGUCAUGGUUGUGACUCUGGACCCCAUGAAGGAUGAGUGCUUUGGAGAUGGUUUCAGUCGCUUUCUCCUGGAUGAAUGCCUGGGUUAUGAUGACAUCCUGAUGUCCAGCGUUAAAGCUUUAGCAGAGAAUGAAGAAAACAAAGGGUUCCUGAGGAACGUGGUUUCUGGAGAACACUAUCGUUUUGUCAGUAUGUGGAUGGCUCGUACUUCCUAUCUGGCAGCCUUCGUGAUCAUGGUUAUAUUUACACUAUCCGUGUCUAUGCUGCUGCGGUAUUCGCACCACCAGAUCUUCGUCUUUAUAGUGGACCUUCUCCAGAUGCUGGAGAUGAAUAUGACUAUUGCCUUCCCAGCCGCUCCUCUCCUCACUGUCAUCCUGGCUCUAGUGGGGAUGGAGGCCAUCAUGUCCGAGUUUUUCAACGACACAACCACUGCCUUCUACAUUAUCCUCAUUGUUUGGUUAGCCGACCAAUACGAUGCCAUCUGCUGCCACACCAACACAAGCAAACGUCAUUGGCUUAGAUUCUUUUAUCUGUAUCACUUUGCCUUCUAUGCGUAUCAUUAUCGCUUUAAUGGCCAGUAUAGCAGUCUGGCUCUCGUCACAUCCUGGCUCUUUAUUCAGCACUCUAUGAUCUAUUUCUUCCACCAUUAUGAGCUGCCGGCCAUUCUCCAGCAGAUCCGAAUCCAAGAGAUGCUGCUUCAGAACCAGCAAGUGGGUCAGGGCAACCAGACAGCACUGCAGGACAAUCUCAACAACAACACCACCAACGCCGCACCCGCCAACGCGGCCGCCCAGGACCGCCAAAACGCUCCGGAUCAGCCCCAGGUCGACACCCACAACGCCUCUGUAAACCUCGGCCCAUCCGUCGACCCAUCCAGUUCCGUCAGCGACCUCGACUGGAUGGCCGAGAUAGCCAUCGGUCCUGAAGUUCUGACCAUUUCGCGCCUCAGUGGCUCGCUUUUAGAACCCGGAGGAAUCCAGGAACCAACUGUGACGGAGUCGCAAACCCCAAGCCCAACGAGAGCGAACCAGGAGGGGAACGUCAGCAUAGCCGGCCCCUCUUCGGUAGAUAUCACAGGGAGGGGUUGCGCUCGGGGUUUGGGGCCCCCUGGUGGUGGAGGGCUGAUGGAUUCGGAAACGGACACCACUUCCUACCCAGUGACCUCACAUACAGACUGCAAAGCAGCAGAUACAGACUUAAACGGCGAGAUGGGGAAGGAAAACGAAACCUCGCCGGACCCCCAUUCCGCCCCCGCCUGAGAUACACGCGCCCAUUCAGAACGAAUGAGUCUACAUCCUUUGCUCCACAGUCUGUCUCUCUCUGUAAAUUAAUCCAAAAGGCAUCAAGAGGAGAAACCGUGAUGGAGCUUUAUAUAAUUACAUCCUCGAAACCUCCAGCGCAAGCCUGGAAGCAGACUUCUGCCCGCUCUCAAGAGUAAAUGAUGACGUGUGGAGUUGUGAUCAUCUAAAGAGUGUACAUGUGAUUGUUUGUUUUGUUUUUUUAUUGAUUUAAACUUUUAAUACAGGGAGCAUUCGGCUUGCAAAUGUGAUGUAUCGCUCAUUAAUGGUACCCAAAUAUAGGCGUGCGCACGGGAGACCUGCUAUGAAUCCCAUCGCACAUUUUGGCUUUGUUUCAUUCCAUUAACGAUAGCAAGCACUCACUCCUUUAAUAAAUAACGCUGCCUACUUGUAUUCAUUCAAAUGUAUGGAAGGUGUGAGCUGACUACCGACAUCAAGGUCUUGGACACUACAAGGACUUCAGUGUGACUUUGUAAGAGUACCUCCAACAUUUGUUUAUUGGUGACACUGCUGCAAAGUAACCAGCAGUUAGAUAUUACAUCAUUUUAUCCGGAAAAUUCCCAUCUUUUAUGUGAUCCUAAUUGAAAACAUUGUCGUGUCUCUCAAAAGUCAUUUCUGUGGUUUCUAAUCCUCAUCAGUAGAAAUUUGUCUUGGUUUUUAAUUCAGGUCAAGCCGGGUUUAAGAAAGAAGGAGGCCGUUUGAAGAUUAUUGCCUUACGCUUCUUAAACUGAAUAUUAACCCAGUAUUUCCCUCUGAAGUACUCGAGGGUCGAUAGCCUUACUUAGAAGCUUUAAUGAGGAUACAGUCAUGCAAAGCAAUCAGCAAACGUAUGUUGUUUCUGUGACGGAUGUUUGCGAUCAAUAAAACGGAUUCAGGUUGGAUCGGAUGCAAGCAGUGUGAAGGUCAGACCGUAUUUGUGGUGUAGAUGCUAAUGGUUUCCAUCUUAGUCAACAUUGAAGCAUCACACUACAUCAAGGUCACUGAUUGAUUUGGUCUAUUGUCAUAUUCGGCUUAUUAAGAUGAUAAAACAAACUCUGUCUUUUUGACCGUGUGUCUAGAAGUCUUCACUUAGUGCACCACAAACUAAGAAAACAGGAGUUUAUUGUCAUGCAUACUCUCUUUAACUGUGGAUGAAUAAACAUUGGGGAGGUUCCUUUAAAGGCUAUGCAACAAUAGGGCAAGUUUUUUUUUUUUGAAAUUGUGCAAUAUUUUGAGGCAGAUCUAUAAAGGAUGUAAAGUCUGAAAGAGCGAUUGAUUUCAAAUGUUUUAUGAUCAGUUCCUAAUUAUUAUUAUUAUUUUUUUUUGGUGCCUAUUUGCCAUUGUGAGAGGCGAAUGAUUGUAGUGUUAAGAUUGUAAGUUGUCUAGAAGACGGAAACUGAUUAAAAAAAGAUUUUCAGUUCUCUGAUAUACUAGAUUUUGUCUCAUUCAAAUGUAUUUAACUGUAAUGUAUAAAGGCAAAUGCAUAAAGAAACUUAAUUUCCACUGA